UUCUACGAGUUGAUGUCCAACGUGGGCGAGCUGGAAUUGGAAUUCACCACGCCGGUCUGAUCGACCGAGACCGGCGCGCUGUUGAAGAACUCUUCGUCAACCAGAAGAUCCAGGUGCUGAUUGCAACCUCAACACUUGCCUGGGGCGUUAACUUUCCUGCGCACUUGGUGAUCGUCAAGGGAACCGAGUACUUCGACGGCCACACGAAACGGUACAUCGAUUAUCCCAUCACCGACGUCUUGCAGAUGAUGGGUCGCGCUGGUCGGCCGCAGUUUGACAUGGAAGGCAAAGCCGUGGUGAUGGUGCAGGACACGAAGAAAGCCUUCUACAAGCGCUUCCUCUACGAGCCAUUCCCGGUGGAGAGUUGUCUGCCCAAGAUCCUGCCGGACUACCUCAACGCGGAGAUCGCUGCUGGCAGCGUCACCUCAAUGCAGGGCGCCCUUGAAUGUCUAACCUGGACGUUCUACUACCGCCGGCUCUUGGUUGGUCUUUCUAGUUACUACCAGCUAGAAGAGGCCUCUCCGACGUCGGUCAAUGCAUUCCUCUCCAAGGUCGUGUCAGACGCCGUCACCUGCCUACUCGACUCUGGAUGUGUUGAAGCGGACAGUGAAGACCCAAGUCUGACUCUGUAUUCCACUUCAAACGGACGUCUCGCCUCGUUCUACUACCUCUCGCAUCGUACAAUUAGUCUCUUCAUAGACCAGAUCAUGCCCACCUCCUCCAUUGAAGAUCUUCUCUACAUCCUAUCGAUGUGCGAGGAGUUCGCCUUGAUGCCAGUGCGUCACGGGGAGGAUGAAGUGAACGCGACUUUGGCCUCUCAAAUGCCGUUGCGCGUGCGUGGAGCAGCCGACUCACCCCACACAAAGGCGCACAUUUUGCUGCAGUCGCACCUCUCGCGUCGCACCCACCAGCUGCCCAUCGCCGACUACGCUACCGACACCAAGUCCCUCCUCGAUCAAACUCCCCGCAUAAUCCAGGCCAUGAUCGACUUUAGCGCUGAGCAGGGUUGGUUGGCGUGCACCUUGCGGUCGAUACUGCUGGGUCAGAUGCUCACCCAGGCGACGUGGUUGGAGGACAGCCCGCUCCUUCAGCUUUCUCCUGAAAUCAAUUCUUCCCACCUUGCGGCCUUCAGGUACUACUAUGGCGAUGUUGUUGACGCGAUGUUGCUACGUGUUCCACAGUCCCUGUUGUCUGGUGGGUGGUUGAUAGAUGGCUCCUGUUUCUUACGAGCACAAGUCGUUAACUCACGGUUACUCCUACGCGUCGUGAAUCAACUUGAAAUAAGUUUUGAAAUGAGGUGUAGCAUUUUCAUUAUGUCAUGUAAUAUGAGCUCGAGAGAGGAACAAGUGCUGGAAUUGCGAUUAACACUAUCGAAGGUGUUUACCAGGAUUGGGCUGCUACCUAUGGAAGUGACAAAGUGUGGUUCAGUCGAUUUCUAG